CCACGAAAUUGAAUGUUUUCGGGAAGUGUAGCCAAGGCGGAUUUGGAUAUCACCCGCGCGACCCCUCGAGCCCAUCGCCUUCAAAUUGGCCGAAAUGCUCGAAACCUAAACAUAAUUCUAAUAUGCUUCCUUCUUCCUCCACCUCUCUCAAUCUGUAUCUCUGAUUCUCUUCACAAUGUUACUCACUUCUCAACGCCUCUUCGCAGAUUCACCUUCCAUCCUUUCUUUCUCCAAUCUUUACUUCACUAGAAACUCAGCCCUAUCCCUCUCGAUAACCGUACGCCACCACCUCUCCAAUCCCGCUCAUCUUCGGAUUCUGAAGCUUGGAUCAUUUAAACCUUACAAUUUCAAUUCCUUCAGGACUUCCGCUGACCCUUUCCUUCUUAGAGCCUAUGAUUCCGAAGGUUCUGUGCAGAAGGAUGUUGUCGGGGAUUUCAAUUUGGACUCUCUGCUUGCUCUGGCUGAAUUCUUGUGUCUGCUUUCGUCGGCAGUUUUAUCCGUUGGUUACGCGGUGAACAGUGUGAUUGUUAGCUCAAAGAAGGAGUUCUUGGCAAUGGGGAAUAAGGCUAUUGUUUGGGGUGUUUUGAUGUUGGUUGGUGGAGUUGUGAUUGGUGCGUGGAUUCGGAGACGACAAUGGAGGCGAAUUUGUAGGGAGACGCACAAGGAAGGCUUGGAGGUUAAUUUGCUCCACCGGAUUGAGAAAUUGGAGGAGGAUUUGAAGAGCUCAGUGACUAUUGCCAGGGUUUUGUCAAGACAGCUGGAGAAGUUGGGAAUAAGAUUUCGGGUGACCCGGAAGGGGUUGAAGGAACCCUUAAACGAGACUGCAGCUCUGGCACAGAAGAAUUCUGAGGCCACAAGAGCAUUAGUAGUUCGGUCAGACAUUUUGGAGAAGGAGCUAGGUGAAAUUCAAAAGGUUUUGUUGGCGAUGCAGGAACAACAGCAAAAACAACUUGAUCUAAUUCUUGCCAUUGGGAAGACCACAAAACUAUGGGAAGGCAGACGGGAAACUAGUGAGGUACAGAGCAAAUUGGUAGUAUCUAAGUCAGACGAGGAUGAGGUAAAUAAGAAGGAAAUUCACCAAAUUUGAAUCUAGGGUAGAAUUAAGGGAGGAAAAAUCUGGGAUUUUCGAUGAAGAAAAUCUGUUGUUAUUACAACAUUCUUCCUUUCACGCUGUGUAUACUGAACCAUCAAUCAUGACACAUUGAAAUUCCUGGAAUUCUGUCCGCACGGAAUCAUGGUGUCUCAUUUUUCAUUGUCUCGAGUUUGCUGAGAACGUUGUUACUGACGAAGUGAAGUUGCUCAAGACAAACUAAUCCGGGAUCAUUCAUAUGCAGAAGUAUGUUUGUUUCAACUCAUAAUUAUAUCAGUAAAUGGUUCAUUAUGCUAGAGCUCAUUCCUUUGAUUCAAGUUUGUAAUUUUCUCGUAAUCCAUUUACUUCAUGAUCUAAUGGUUGCGCAAUUGAUCGACUCUAUUGAAUAAAAUUCCAUUUUCACUUGUU